AUGCCAGGGCUAGCCAUCAUGGGUGGUUCAGAAGAAGUACCAAAUGGUGGCCACAGCAGCAACAACAACAACAACAAUGGCGACUUCUCUCCAAACAAGGCAAUUCUCGGCUUCAGCCAGCAGCAGAAGUCGCCAAGGAGCACGUUGAGCCAACGCAGCAGCGACUCUAUUGACCUAGCCAUGGACGGGGUGAUCGACACUUCAAUAGAGCAGCUGUAUCACAAUGUCUGCGAGAUGCAGUGCUCUGACCCUUCCCCUUCAAGAGGGAGCUUCUUGUCCUAUGGCGAAGAAUCGAGAAUCGAUUCAGAACUCUGCCACCUCAUCGGGAUUCCAAACAUGAAGGAGCUCACAAAAGAGGUCAUUGUUGUGACAGAGAAGAACACAGAAGAAGAAGAAGAAGAACGAGAAGAGAUCAUCAGAAAAGUAAACAAUGUGGCUGUUGACGAGAAUCACAAUUCAGGCAAGGAGAGGAGAAUCUAUAAUCAGCAAACAGAAUCUUCCAGGAAGAAAAGAGCUUUCCUUAGAAAGCCACCUCCAAAUGGAACUAGUCCUUUUCGCAGCCCAAGGAGACUUGCUACAUCUGUUGCUGAAAAUGUUGCAGCUAAUAAUGGGCCUUUGUUGCUCAAACAAGCAAGAGACAUGAUUUCCUCAGGCGAGAACCCGAGGCGGGCUCUCGUGUAUGCCCUGAAAGCAGCGAAGUCGUUCGAAUCAUCUUCAAACGAGACACCGAAUUUGGAACAUGUCAUGUCGCUCCACGUUCUAGCAGCCAUCCACUGCAGCUUGGGGAACUACAACGAGGCAAUCCCGGUUCUGGAGAAGUCAAUCCAAAUCCCGGCCAUUGAUCUGGGGCUGGACCACGCUCUGGCCAAGUUUGCCGGAUGCAUGCAGUUGGGUGACACCUACGCAAUGCUGGGCCAGGUAGAGAACUCGAUCCUCUGCUACACUGCUGGAUUGGAGAUUCAGAAGCAAUCCUUGGGGGACAAGGAUCCACGUGUUGGUGAGACGUGUAGGUAUCUCGCCGAGGCUCACGUUCAAGCAUUGCAGUUCGAUGAGGCUGCCAACGUAUGCCAGAUGGCGCUCGACAUUCACAGAGGGCCAGAGGAGGAAGCAGCGGAUAGGAAGUUGAUGGGGCUGAUCUGCGAGGCGAGGGGAGAUUAUGAAUCUGCCCUCGAGCAUUAUGUUUUAGCAAGCAUGUCUAUGGCUGCGAAUGGACGGGAAGUGGAAGUAGCUUCAGUGGAUUGCAGCAUUGGUGACGCGUACUUGUCGCUGUCGCGCUACGACGAGGCUGUGUUCGCAUAUCAGAAGGCGCUCGCCACGUUCAAAUCGAAGAAAGGAGAGAGCAGCACCUCAGUGGCAUCCGUUCUGGUGAAGCUGGGUAACUUGUACAACAAGAUCGGUAAGUUUAAGGAGUCGAAGACUCAAUGUCAGAAUGCUCUCAAGAUUUACGAGAGUAGGCCUAACUACCAUCAAGUGGAGGAGGUGGCGAGUGGUUUCAUCGACAUUGCAGCCAUUUACCAGUCGAUGGACGAGCUUGAUCAGGCAAUUAGGCUGCUCAGAAAGGCACUGAAGGUGUAUGGAGAUGAUGUGCCGGGACAGCAGAGUACUGUGGCUGGGAUCGAAGCUCAGAUUGGUGUUAUGCAUUACAUGAUGGGGGAGUUCUCUGAGUCGUAUAACUCGUUCAAAAGCGCUGUUUCGAAGAUGAGGGCGAGCGGGGAGAAGAAGCCUGCCAUGUUUGGGAUUGCUUUGAACCAGAUGGGGUUGGCUUGUGUACAACGUUAUGCGAUCAACGAGGCAGCUGAGCUGUUCGAGGAGGCGAGGGGAGUUUUGGAGAAGGAGUAUGGUGCUUAUCAUGCUGACACUUUGGCUGUCUACAGCAAUCUGGCUGGAACUUAUGAUGCUAUGGGAAGGUUGGAUGAUGCAAUUGAGAUUCUAGACCAAGUUGUUAGGAUGAGGGAGCAGAAGCUUGGAACAGCUAAUCCAGAAGUGGUGGACGAGAAGCGACGGCUGGCUGAGCUGCUGAAGGAAGCAGGAAGGGCAAGGAAUAGGAAGUCAAUAGCUCUGUUAAGCUUCCUUGACACUGAAGUUCAGAGUAAGAAGAAUGAAGGCAUUGAGGUAGCUUAA